AGGGCAUGUUAUUAUUAUUAAUACUCAGCCUCACUGGGAUAACCACAGCCCUCGAGAAUGGUUUGGCUAGGACGCCGCCAAUGGGAUGGAUGUCAUGGACAGCAUUUUAUUGCGAGAUGGACUGCGAUAGACAUCCGAAAACCUGCAUCAGUGAAAAUUUGUACAUGGAAAUGGCCGAUGAGUUAGUCAGAGGCGGAUUUCGAGACGUUGGCUAUACUAACGUGCAUGUUGAUGAUUGCUGGAUGGGUCGGGAACGAGAUCGAGCCAGUGGUCGACUUGUGGCUGAUCAAAGACGAUUUCCCAGCGGAAUUAGGAAUCUAGCACGAUAUAUGCACGCUAGAGGCCUAAAAUUUGGCAUUUACGAAGACUACGGUACGAAAACAUGCGCUGGUUUUCCCGGAAGCUAUGGUUAUCUCCACGUUGAUGCUUACACAUUUGCCGAAUGGGAAGUAGACUAUCUAAAGUUGGAUGGAUGCAAUAUUGACACUGAUCUCAUGCCAAAAGGUUAUGCCGAAAUGGAGCGAUGGCUGAAUGCUACAGGUAGACCUAUUGUCUACUCUUGCAGUUGGCCUGCAUACCUCAUUGAUCGUCCUGACAAGGUUGAUUAUAAUUUGGUGGCAAGACACUGUAACCUUUGGCGAAAUUUCGACGAUGUCAACAGUUCUUGGAAAUCAAUAUUGAGCAUUAUCGAUUACUACGACCAUAAUCAAAACAAACACAUUCCUACGCAUGGACCUGGACAUUGGCAUGAUCCCGAUAUGCUUGUUAUUGGUAAUCCUGGCAUCAACGUGGACAUGGCCAUUGCGCAAAUGACUAUAUGGUCUAUUUGGUCAGCUCCGCUAAUUAUGUCAAAUGAUCUCCGCAUUAUCGGCCCAGAAUUUCGAGCCAUUCUUCUAAAUCGUGAAGUAAUCGCAAUUGAUCAGGACCCUAUGGGCAGGAUGGGACGGCUAGUCGCUAAUGUCUCAGGGGUCGGCGCAUACGUGAAGCCUAUCAUGCCCGUCUACGAUAGAGAUACCUCAUUUGCUCUGGGAUUCCUCAACAGGAACUUGAAACCUAAUGAAGUCGAGUUCAAACUGAGGAAUAUGGGUCUCACCAAUCCACGUGGAUAUAUGGUGAAGGACGUAUGGAACCACACACCACCAAUGAGACUCUACCCAGACCAUAUACUACGGAUAGUUGUCCCUCCAACUGGAGCGGCCAUGUUCCGUGCCGACCUCAUAGCGCCUAGCAUUUGGCCGUUUCGAAGUAACAGAAACCAGAUGCUUGGAGUGCUGAACAAUAGGGUGCCCACAAGCUUAUAAUUUCUCUGAUAAAUACGGGUAUAUUAUGUUGCAAGCAAUGUUCAAAUGCUAGUAAUGACAGUAACGAAGUUGGUUUAUAUUAUACAAUUUAUAGACAGUCAAGCAG